UCCGUCCCAUAAUUAUUGUCCAGUUUGUAUUUUUAUUUUUAGUUUAAAUUGUCCUAAAAGUGAAAUAUCAAACUGGACAAUAAUUUUGGGACAUGGGGAGUAAUAGAAAACGUCUUCAUUGUCAUUGAGAAAGUGACCUUUAUAUGGUUCCGUAUACCAACUACCAAGCAAUCUUCCCAAAAGCACCAAUUCGUCAUUUAGUGAAUGAGAAUCAUCUUAUACCAUUGAAUAAAAGAUACGAAACUAGAAACAUUUUUGUCAUUUCGUUCACCCCGAUUCCAUUAUAAGAUACCCAACUUGCCAAAACUCGAGAGUUCUUCGCCAUCAUUCAUUCAUUUGAUUCACUUUCAAUCAUGAACAUCUUCAUUGCCCUUGUUUUGAUCCUUUUUCCUUUGGUUACUAUCAUCCUCAAGAGACGAAAGUUACCACCACAACAAAGGAUACCGCCCGGAUCGCUAGGAUUGCCACUAAUAGGCCAAAGCCUUGGCCUUCUUCAGGCAAUGAGAGCCAACACAGCUGAAAAAUGGCUAGAGGAUAGAGUAAAAAAGUAUGGUCCCAUAUCAAAGCUAAGCCUUUUCGGAAAACCCACGGUUUUCGUAUAUGGACAGGAUGCCAAUAAGCUUGUAUUCGCCAGUAGUAACAGCAACACUAUGACUAACCACCAGACACAGUCAGUAAGGAUGAUCCUGGGUGAUCGAUGCCUUUUGGAGCUGAAUGGCGAAGACCAUAAGCGGGUUAGAGGUGCUCUAGCCUCUUUCUUGAAGCCAGAAUCCUUGAAGAUGUAUGUGGGCAAGAUAGAAGAAGAAGUUCAAACCCACAUUCAGAUGUACUGGCAAGGGAAGCAGCAGGUCACUGUACUACCUUUAAUGAAGAACCUCACAUUCAACAUAAUUUGUUCCCUCCUUUUUGGGAUUGAAAGCAGAGAAAGGAGAAAUGAAUACGUUCAGCAGUUUCAAGAGAUGAUCCAGGGGAUGUGGUCAAUCCCUGUUAAUCUGCCUUUCACUCGUUUCAACAGGAGUCUCAAGGCUAGUGCAAAGGUUCAAAAACUCUUGAAAGAUCUUUUACAGGAAAAGAGACAAGAGCUACUGAAAGGAGCUCCCUCAAAUCAGGACCUCAUCUCUUGCUUACUGAGCAUCCACGGCGAGGAAAGCCAAGAUUCGGUUUCUGAAGACGAGAUCAUUCACAAUGUGAUGCUAAUAAUGGCAGCAGGACAUGAUACUUCUUCAGUCUUGAUUACUUUUAUUUUAAGAGUUUUAGCCAACAAUCCAACAGUUUAUGAAGCUGUUCUUAAAGGUGAACUAAAAUUUCGAAUGGCACCACAUGAUUUCUUUACUUGUUCCGUAUUAAUUCUUCUUCCAAAUAACAGAACAAGAUGAGAUUGCAAAGAGCAAAUCCUCAGGAGAGCACCUAACAUGGCAAGAUCUUGCAAAGAUGAGAUAUACCUGGAAAGUCGCUUUGGAGACACUGAGAGUUUAUCCUCCCAUCUUCGGAGGUUUUAGGAAGACUGUUAAAGACAUUGAGUUUGGAGGCUACAUCAUUCCUACAGGAUGGCAGGUAAGAUCAUGUGGCCAUCUCUGAUGCCUCAGAACCAAAUUGUUUUGUUUCUUUCUGAUCAAACCCCUACAAAGUAGUCAUUUGCUAGAGUCCAAAGGAGCAAUUUUUCCAUUCACAGUAUCAUGGCAAUGACAAACUUGUUUCUGUCAAUGAUCAGAUAUUCUGGGUUACGUCCAUGACACAUGCAGACGAACACAUAUUCCAAGAACCAGAGAAGUUUGAUCCUGAUAGAUUUGAUAGCCAAGCAUCCAUUCCUCCGUAUUGCUUUGUUCCAUUUGGUGCCGGCCCUCGAAUAUGUCCAGGAUACGAGUUUGCGAAAAUUGAAACUCUGGUUGCAUUGCAUCAUCUGGUUACCAAAUUCAAAUGGAAACUCUGCUGCCCCGACAACUUCUUCAAACGGGAUCCAAUGCCAAAUCCUACUAAAGGCAUGCCCGUCCAAUUAACCCCAAGAACUUCGACAUAAGCUUAUAUUUGGACCUCAAUGGUUCAGAAUCUCAUGGGUGUCCGCAGAAAUUAUGAUUCAUCCGGUUAAUCAACGAGCAGAGGAUGUCGUGUGAUACUUCCAAAUUUGAACUAAGCAAGAAAACACAGAUUAAUGUUGUUUAUUUCAUUAUGUUCCAUCUUUGUUUCCGCAUUCGUUAAUACUGUAGCAAUAAUGAGAUUUCAUCUAUGGCUGAGAGUUGAGACCCUGUUCCUGAAUUCAGAUAUCCUCCAAUACUAUAACAGUCAUCCCCACAACUGUUCUACUCCAACCCCAUAAAAGAAAACAGCAGAGGAGAAAUAAAAAAAUUUUUUUUAAAAAAAAU